CCUCCCCCCCAACUUUCCCACGCCAAGCCCCCCUCGCAGCGAUGGAUGAAACAUUUCACCAUGGCGCCUCAAAUAGUAAUCUCCACAUUGCUGUCCUCUCAUUCCCGUUCACAAGCCACCCUAUGGCUCUCUUCAUGCUCGUCCGUCGCUUAAUCGCCACCGCUCCGGACAUGAUGUUCUCAUUCUUCGGCACUGCAAAAUGUAAUAGCAUGAUCUUCAAGAACAUAGACAAAAGCCUUGAGAAUCUAAAAGCUUAUGAUGUAGAUGAUGGAAUAGUAUUCACCGGCAAAUUUAAGGAGGAUAUCGAGCUUUUCAUGACGGCGACGCCGGGGAACUUUAAGAAGGGUUUAGAGGUCGCAGUAGCAGAGAGAGGAAGGAAGAUAACAUGUGUGAUGAGUGAUGCUUUAUGGUGGUUUGCUGGAGACAUGGCAGAGGAGUUGAGAGUUCCUUGGUUGGCGUUUUGGAUUGGGGAGGCUCAUUCACUCACAGCUCAUGUCUACACUGACCUGAUCCGCUCAACCUUAGGAGUUGGUCCACACGCAAUCGCUGGACAGGAAGAUGAAGGUGUUGAUUUCAUUCCAGGAUUGUCGUGGGUACAUAUUCGAGAUCUUCAAGAUGGAAUCGUCCUUGGGAACUUGGAGUCUAGUGCAGCUUGCGUCCUAUAUCGGAUGGGCCAAAUGUUGCCACGUGCAACUGCCGUUGUGAUGAACACGUUUGAGGAAUUUAACCCUACGAUCAUCAAGGACCUCAAGUCCAAGUUCCAAAACUGCCUUUCGGUUGCACCCUUCACAAUUGAUUACCCACCUUAUCAGUCAGAUUCAGAUACUAGUGGUUGCCUUUCAUGGCUGGACAAGCAGAAACCUUCCUCUGUAGUAUACAUUAGCUUUGGCACUGUAGGGACAUUGCCCUUACAUGAGUUGGAAGCAUUAGCUGAAGGACUAGAAGCUAGUGGAACACCAUUUCUUUGGUCACUCAAUGAUAAACUGAAGGAACAAUUACCCGAUAGUUUCCUAAACAGGACAAGGGAAAGGGGAUUGAUAGUCCCAUGGGCUCCUCAGGUGAGUGUCCUACAACACAAAGCAGUAGGUGUGUUCAUGACACACUGUGGAUGGAACUCAGUUUUGGAGAGUAUCUUGAAUGGGGUUCCGGUGAUCGGCCGACCGAUUUUCGGAGACCAACACUUGAACGUACGAUUUGUCUCGGAUGUCUUGGGGAUUGGAAUUAGAAUUGAUAAUGGGAUCUUUACCAGAGAUGGAGUGAUUAAAGGACUGGAUUUGGUUUUGUUUAAUGAAGAAGGGAAGAAAAUGUUGGAGAAGGUUCAGUCCCUUAAAGAGCUUUUGAAAAGGGCAAUUGAAAUUGAUGGUAGCUCUACUGGGAAUUUCAGGACUCUCUUGCAAAUAGUAUCUACUAUACCUACCACACCAAACUUUUGAGUUUGGGGCUUGUUUUUCUGAGUUGCUCUUCUGAGCUGGGUGUUGGUUGUGUUCUUUAAUUUCAAGGGGUUUUUUUUUGGGGGGGUAUGCUUUGGUGGGUGGUUUUCUGUUUGGUUGUAUUGUAUGUUUUCUAUCCCCUUUGGGUUAAUAUAUGUUUUAUCUAUUUAAAAAAAAUAAAAAAUGAAAAAUAAAAUAAAAUAAAGGCAUUGCUUGGUCUCGAUUC